AGCGGGCGGGCCAGGAUGACGUCACCCAGGUUGGUUAGGACUGAUGGCCUCUCAUCUCCAAAUUCACCCUUUUGCCAGGUGAAAUGGAUUGGGGUCCUUCGGUGUUUUUUCUCCUCCCGCCGGCACGACGCCGAGGCGGUCGGCAGGGGGCGCGGGAGAGCGCACUGCAGGAAGGAAAGAACUCGCACCGGCUGGAUGUUUGACCUCCAGGCCCCGCGCUGUACGCGAGGCCGCCUGCAGCCCGGGGCAUAUGCGUUCAGUGCUAUAAAUUUCACUCUAAGUACUACGUUCACUGUAUCCCACAAAUUUUGGACCAGGAAUCGCCUUCAGGCCAGUCUGGUGGACGUUUGUCUGAAGCUGAGGAGGACCGCGCCGCCUCUGUUCUUUGGCAUAGAUAAAUGUUCAGCGGGAGGAUUAGACUUGACUGAACAGACUCCUGUUUUAUUAGGGAGUAAAGCCAUGGCAACUAGUUUCAUGGACAUGGCAUUUGGUGACCCAGCUAGUCCUUUAGUUAAUAGAUCUAGAAACUCGUCAGCAGAGGAUGAUGAUGAUGAUGUUGUAUUUAUUGAAUCUAUACAACCUCCUUCAAGUUCUGCUCCAAUAAUAGCUGAUCAGAGAAAUUUUAUAUUUGCUGCAUCAAGAAAUGAAAAGCUACAAGGAAAUUAUUCCAUAAUUCUUCCUUCCUCAAGAGGUUUGGCUUCUCAGAAGGGAAGUAUAAGUGAGACAAUUGUCAUUGAUGAUGAAGAGGACAUGGAAACAAAUGGAAAGGAAAAGACAAUUUCUUCUAGUUUUAUUGAAUGGGCACUUCCUGGAAGUAAAAACAGAACCAAAGAUUUGGAUUUCUCCACUUCCAGUCUUUCAAGAAGUAAGACCAAGACUGCAGUAGGACCUUUUAAUCCUGGUAGAAUGAAUGUGGCAGGAGACGUUUUUCAGAACGGAGGAUUUACAGCUCAUCACAAUCCUGAUUCUUGGAUCUCGCAGUCAGCAUCCUUUCCCCGUAAUCAGAAACAGCCAGGGGUGGAUUCUUUAUCACCAGUGGACUCACUUCCUAAACAGAUCUUCCAGCCUUCUGUCCAACAGCAACCCACUAAACCAGCUAAAAUCACUUGUGCAAACUGCAAAAAGCCUUUACAGAAGGGACAGACAGCUUAUCAGCGAAAAGGAUCAGCUCACCUCUUCUGUUCUACCACCUGCCUCUCUUCCUUCUCUCAUAAGCGUACUCCAAAGAAACGCAAGGUGACAUGUAAAAAAGGUGCACCUGCAAAACAGGCUACUCUUGUUCCUCAAGGGGAGUCAAGUGAAUCCUUCCAAAAAUUUUGUGGUACGUCUUUGUCUCCCUAUGAAAAUAACCAGAAUCUUCGAAAAAGAGUUCUGAAUAAAUCAAGAUGUACAAUCUGCAGUAAACUAACAGAGAUUCGGCAUGAAGUCAGCGUUAACAAUGUAACACAUAAGCUGUGCAGUAACCAGUGCUUUAACAAGUACAGGUUGGCCAAUGGUCUAGUGAUGAAUUGCUGUGAGCAGUGUGGGGAGUACCUGCCCAGCAAAGGUGCUGGAAACAAUCUCCUAGUCAUUGAAGGUCAGCAGAUGAGAUUUUGCUGCCAAAGUUGUGUUAACGAAUAUAAACAGAUGAUGGAAACAAACUCAAAAAAAGUGCUAGCAUCAGAAAACAGAAAAAGGAAUGCUGUUAGAGAAGAAAAUGAAAGAGAAUUGUAUGGGUCAUUGAAUAUACUUUUGGAAAAAAUAGAAAGAAUACCAGUGAAAAAGGAAAAGACUUCAGAACUACAAGUUUCAGCAGAAUGUAGCCAAGAUACACCAUUGGUCCAACAGGAUGUGAAUUUACCUCCUUCUGUGUCAACCAUAGCUGAUAAAUUUCAAGAGCAACUGGAAGAGAAACAAGCAGAAGACUCCAUUAUACCAGCUGUGCUUUCUGCAGAUCCGGGUACAUGGCCCCGAAUUUUGAGUAUUAAAGAAAGGGACACUCUAGUUGAAAAUGAUCCACCUCAAGUGAGAAAUUUUAACUUUCCAAAGGACAGUACAGGGAGGAAGUUUUCAGAAACUUACUAUACAAGAAUUCUUCCAAAUGGUGAAAAAACCACUAGAUCCUGGUUACUUUAUUCGACCUCGAAAGAUUCUGUGUUUUGUCUAUAUUGCAAACUCUUUGGGGAAGGAAAAAAUCAACUAAAGAAUGAGAAUGGGUGCAAAGAUUGGCAGCAUUUAUCACAUAUUCUUAGCAAACAUGAGGAGAGUGAAAUGCACAUCAACAAUAGUGUUAAAUAUUCAAAAUUAAAAUCUGAUUUGAAAAAAAGUAAAACUGUGGAACACAGAUUACAGGAGAACAUGGGAAAGGAGGGCGUGAAGCUGUUGUACACCUUAGACCUGAUCUGACAUGAUGAGGUCGCACACUUACUCAGGCCUGUACCCUGACAGUUGGUGCCUCUGUGCUGAGGCUCCCAGACGGAGUGAUUCAUCAGCUCAUUAGCAAUAAGUAUCAUAGCAAGUAACUAGUGAAGAUGGUUUCUGCUCCAGAUUCUAAAGCUAACUGGAUUUGUAGUGAUUAAUGCCGAUUUCAGUGAAGGCAAUUGUUGAUCUUUUCAGUUUUUCAAUUCACACCUUUUAAAACGGGCACUUCAGGGCUUCCCUGGUGGCGCAGUGGUUGAGAGUCCGCCUGCCGAUGCAGGGGACGAGGGUUCGUGCCCCGGUCCAGGAGGAUCCCACAUGCCGUGGAGCGGCUGGGCCCGUGAGCCAUGGCCGCUGAGCCUGCGCGUUGGAGCCUGUGCUCCGCAGCGGGAGAGGCCACAACAGUGAGAGGCCCGCGGACCGCAAAAAAAUAAAUAAAUAAAUAAAUAAUAAACUGGGCACUUCAGGGCUGACAUUUGACUGGUGUGGCUAAUACUCUGAAAGAGGGAGGGAAAGACUUGAAUUUAUCAGUACCAGUGGAACAAGGUGCUUAGGUGGACAAGCGUUGUUGUUCAGAGAGAGACGGGAUCUGAGACUGCCGCUUUCUGCCGUUAAACCAAAUACUUACGGUUCAUUUCAUUUGGGCAAAAUGUUAUUUUAUUAUUUGAGCAAAGCAGCAUCAUUUGUCAUGUUAAAUAGAUUAAAGUGAUGAAUUUUGUGUUUUAUUGGUUUUGUUUUAACUUAAUUUGUAAAUGUUUUAGCUUUUAUUGUCAUGUAAAAACUAUAAGCAUAAAGAGUGUAUACCUAUUUUUAUGUUGGUACAAAUAUAAGAAAUAUUAAAAUAAAAAUAUAGUAAGUUAA